AUGUCUCGCUCAAUCGCCUCCGACGUCAAUAGACCUCCUUCUCGAAUUCAACUCCCUGAUGAAAACCAUGACCCUUUUCACCUCCGGACCGCUCCUCCGUCACCGUCUGCCUACCGUCGGGGUUAUGGCUUGGUACCUGAAGAACCCCACUCGGGGUAUCAGUCCUUAGGGGAAUUCGGAGAGACGAGUAGUCUUUUAGGGAAAUUGCAGGACAAUCCUACCGGAUCUCGAGGCCGUUCGUACGCCACGAUUAACGACAGACAUAACCUGGCAGCAGGGAGUCUGCGCCGUUCGAGACACCCCAGUUGCGCGAACUCGCAGGUCCGCCGGUAUGCCAGUCGACGAGCUAGUAUGGAUACAGAGCGUCCGGAAAGUGUGGCGCCAUCGCUUAAGGACCCGCUGACUGCGUCUUUCAUGGAUCAGCGGGCGUGGUACGAUCAGUUUACGUCUACCGAUUGGGUUCAUGAUAGCAUUGCCGACAAUGCUCGUCUCCGCCAACUGCGACAGAGGAAGGAUAUCCGCGGUCGGCUUCUAGCUCGAGUUGACGGUGCUCAGGGAUGGAUUUUGGUCGCGGUUAUCGGUUGCAUCAUGGCUGCUCUUGCAUAUUUGGUGGACAUAUCGGAUGGGUUCGUUUUUGAUCUCAAGGAAGGGUUCUGCACGACGAGAUGGUUCCACAGUCGGAGCAGUUGUUGUCGCGGGAACAUGGACUGUAACGAGUGGUAUUCUUGGUCGUCCAUCAUGAGUCCUAUGCGUCAGAAUAACGAGUGGGUGAAUUUCGGCAUGUUUGUGCUCUGGGUGGUGGUCUUGUCGGUCGUCUCGUGCUCACUGACCCUCUUGACCAAGACGGUUGUGCCGUCCACCGUCUCCCUGGCGACCCUCGAUGAGAACCUCGGGGCAGACUCGUCGCGUGGCAGAAGGUCAGACGUAGGUAGCCACAGCCCCGAGUCCUCGUCGAGCCUUUGCGCUCUCCCCUCUGUUCCUCCGUCGCGUCCGGCCAAGGUCUAUUAUCCGGCUGCAGGGAGUGGCGUGGCUGAGGUCAAGGUAAUUAACAGUGGGUUCGUCCUACACGGCUAUCUGGGACUCCAGACCCUGGUUGUCAAGACCAUUGCUCUGAUCUUCAGUGUCUCUUCUGGCCUGAGUCUGGGCAAGGAAGGUCCUUACGUGCAUAUUGGUACAUGUGUUGGAAAUAUCUGCUGCCGGAUGUUCUCCAAGUACAACCUCAACGAUGGUAAACGUCGCGAGGUUCUGAGUGCCGCCGCGGCCAGUGGUGUGGCCGUAGCCUUUGGUGCACCGAUUGGAGGCGUUUUGUUCAGCUUGGAGGAGGUCAGCUACUACUUCCCUCCCAAGACCUUAUUCCGGACAUUCUUCUGUUGUAUCGCUGCCGCCCUGUCGCUCAAAUUCUUGAAUCCUUAUGGAACCGGUAAGAUCGUCCUGUUCGAAGUCCGCUAUCUGAGCGACUGGCAAAUCUUCGAGAUGAUCAUCUUUAUUUUCCUUGGUGUUCUCGGAGGUGCUGCUGGAGCGCUGUUUAUUAAGGCCUCCAAUCUAUGGGCCAAGUCAUUUCGCCGGAUUCCUGCCAUCAAGCGCUGGCCCAUGCUCGAGGUCGUUUUGGUCGCAGUGUUGACGGGAGUGAUCAGCUUCUGGAAUCGAUAUACCAAGCUGCCUGUUUCUGAGCUGUUGUUCGAACUGGCACGACCGUGUGACGACCCUGAAACGGAGAUUGCCACAGGGUUGUGUCCUCGUUCGGAGGGCAUCGGCGAGAUAAUCCGUUACCUUUCCGUGGCGUUCGUUAUCAAGAGUCUCCUAACCAUCGUGACUUUUGGCAUCAAGGUACCUGCUGGUAUCUAUGUGCCGUCCAUGGUUGUAGGUGGUUUGAUGGGCCGGAUCGUUGGCCAUGUUGUUCAGUACAUGGCUGUGGAGUAUCCCGAUUACCUCCCCUUCGCUGCUUGUCCUGCCUACACUGGCAUGGAGUCGUGUGUGACUCCUGGUGUGUAUGCGCUGGUCGCGGCUGGAGCUACGAUGUGCGGAGUAACCCGUCUUUCGGUAACUUUGCCAGUCAUCUUAUUUGAAUUGACGGGAAGUUUGAACCAUGUCUUGCCGUUUUCUGUAGCGGUUCUUUGUGCCAAGUGGACUGCGGAUGCCAUUGAGCCUCGCAGUAUUUACGACCUGCUGACGGACAUGAACUCCUACCCAUUUCUCGACAACAAACUGCAAACCUUAUCCGAUGCCGAACUCGGGGACAUCGUUCGACCCGUACGAAAGAACCGUGUCAUCGAUAUCUCCAGUUCACCCUGGGUACCAGCCACAGAAUUACGCGCGAAGCUCGAGAAUCUCCUCAUGGCCGGCGAGCUAGAUAGCGGCCUGCCUAUCCUUCGUCACGGCGUGUUGGCUGGGUUGAUUCCCGCGCCGGAUCUUGAGUAUGCGCUCGAUAAUGUGGUGGAUGAGGAGAAUGCGCUGUGUCUGAUGACUACGGAUACGUCGUCCUUUGGUGGCUCGGACGAUGAGGAUGAUGGCACGGCUGAUCGGGUUGAUUUUACGAGAUAUAUUGAUCCGGCUCCCAUUGCUCUCGACAUUCACUCCCCUAUAGACCUCGUUUAUCAAUGUUUUGCCAAGCUGGGCCUGCGGUACCUGGGUGUCCUUCAGGAUGGAUUGUACGUGGGCCUGGUACAUAAGAAAGCGUUCGUGAAGUUUCUUAAAGAGAACGAAUGA